GGGGGCCAAAUUCGAAACAUCAGAAAGACAUUCGUUCUUCACCGAUAAGAAGAUAACACUAAAACUGCUCUCUUAUCUCUCUUCUCUGAACUGAAUCAUUCGCAAUGGCUUCUUCUACAGCUUUGUCCCUUUCAUGGAGCUCCUCUCUUUCUUCGCCGCACAGUUUCAAUGGCGCCGCUAAUGAAACCCUAAAAGUAUCUCAGCGAAGGUCCACUUUGGAGGUUGUUGCUCAGAAGAAAACGAAGAAACUCCGAAAGGUAAUCUUGAAAGAGGAUGUGUCCAACUUGGGUAAGCAAGGGCAAUUACUGGACGUGAAAGCCGGUUUUUUCAGAAACUUCCUGUUGCCUACGGGAAAGGCUCAGCUCAUGACUCCGAUUCUGCUCAAGGAAAUGAAGAUGGAAGAUGAACGGAUAGAGGCAGAAAAGCAAAGGGUGAAAGAAGAGGCGCAACAACUGGCGAUGAUAUUUGAAACCGUUGGGGCUUUCAAGGUUAAACGCAAGGGUGGUAAAGGCAAACAAAUAUUUGGAUCUGUCACAGCACAAGACCUCGUCGACAUCAUCAAGGCGCAGCUCCAAAGGGACAUAGACAAACGCCUUGUCUCUCUCCCGGAAAUCCGUGAAACCGGAGAAUACAUAGCCGAGCUCAAACUUCACCCUGAUGUCAUUGCUCGAGUUAAGCUCAACGUUUUCGCCAACUAACCCUUCAGAUAGUCAAGAAUCAAGAUUACUACUACAUCCCAAGGAAACAUAGAGAAAGGGAAAAGAGAGUGGCUGAGAAUUAAAGUUUGUGAAUUUUUUUUCUUGUAGAUCUUUGAUGCAUUUGUAUUUUUGCUAUUUUUUUGAAAGUUAUCUUGGAACCUGGAAAUACUAAAAGAAUGUAAUAUUUUCCUCAAAGUUAUUAUAUUUCUAUUGAAGUGGAAAGAGACGCUUAAA